AUGCCUGUCACAGCGUCGAAAGCGGCGCGCAUGGCCAAGAAGGCCGAGAAGGGUGAAAAGAAGACAGCCGCCUCUCGCGUGGCCUCCAAGGCCGGUUCCAAAACUGCAUCGACAAACGGCUCAAAGGCCUCCUCCGUGAACGGCGAUGAUGAGUCGCCCAUGCUGUCAGAAGAUGAGCAGGACGUUAUGGCCACCAAAACAGCGGAUAAAGACAAGGUCAAGAAAUUGACCGAGCAGAUGGACAAGCAUGGUCUGUCAGAUCGCGUCACAACGGGUGUCCUGGCCUCGCAGGAGGCGAACCGAGACGUUAAAAUCACAUCAGCGUCAUUGGUCUUUCAUGGCAAAGUCCUCAUCACCGACAGUACCCUCGAAGUCAACGCUGGCCGUCGAUAUGGCCUUCUCGGAGAAAACGGCUGCGGCAAGUCCACACUGCUCAAAGCCAUCGAUAAGCGAGAAUACCCCUUCCCAGACCACGUCGAUAUCUAUUUGCUCAAUGAAGGUGCUGAUGUUUCGGAUCUCGGCGCACUGGAAUGGGUCGUCAAAGAAGCAGAAAAAGAGGUGGAGAGACUGGAUCACCUCGCGGAACGAAUCCUCGAGACCGACGGCCCAGAGUCCCCAGAACUGCUUGACGUCUACGACCGGCUCGAGGGGAUGGAUCCCAGCACAUUCGAGACUCGUGCGUCGCUCAUUCUGACUGGUCUCGGCUUCAACAAGAAGACCAUUCACAAGAAGACAAAGGACAUGUCUGGUGGCUGGCGAAUGCGUGUUGCUUUGGCCAAGGCACUGUUCAUCAAGCCCUCUCUGUUACUUCUGGACGACCCGACGGCUCAUUUGGACCUUGAGGCUUGCGUGUGGCUGGAAGAAUAUAUGAAGAAGUGGGAAAAGACGUUGAUCCUUGUCUCGCAUUCUAUGGAUUUCUUGAACGGCGUGUGCACAAACAUGAUCGAUAUGCGAGAGAAGAAGCUAAUCUACUAUGGUGGUAACUACGACUCGUACAUCAAGACGAGGAGUGAGAACGAGACGAAUCAACAAAAGGCAUACGUCAAACAACAAGACGAGAUUGCCCAUAUCAAGAAGUUCAUUGCUUCGGCCGGUACAUAUGCAAACUUGGUGCGCCAGGCCAAGUCGAGACAGAAGAUCUUGGACAAGAUGGAGGCGGACGGCUUCAUCCAGCCUGUGCACCAAGACCGUGUGUUCACUUUCCGCUUUGCUGAGGUCGAGAAGCUGCCGCCACCCGUGCUUUCCUUCGACAACGUCACUUUCAGCUACUCUGGCAACAAAGCUGACAACCUGUACGAGAACCUCGAUCUCGGUAUCGAUAUGGACAGCAGGACAGCCCUCGUCGGUCCCAACGGUGUCGGCAAGUCAACUCUGCUCAGAUUGAUGACCGGCAAGCUCUCGCCUACUGGCGGCGCAGGCGUCGUCAACCGACAUACCCAUUUGAAGAUGGGCUUGUACUCGCAACACUCGGCAGAACAGCUUGAUCUUACCAAGUCGGCGCUCGACUUUUGUCGUGACAAGUUCGCAUCUGUCUCCCAGGACUACCAGUACUGGCGCCAGCAACUAGGUCGCUAUGGUCUUUCCGGCGAAUCUCAGACGGCCUUGAUGGGCACACUUUCAGAAGGUCAACGAAGCAGAGUUGUCUUCGCUUUACUGGCCAUUGAAGGCCCAAACAUGCUCUUGCUCGACGAGCCUACCAACGGUCUGGAUAUUCCCACCAUUGACAGUCUGGCUGAUGCUAUCAAUGCCUUCUCGGGCGGUGUCGUCGUCGUGUCCCACGACUUCAGAUUGCUGGACAAGAUCGCGAAAGACAUCAUGGUGUGCGAAAACAAGACUGUGACAAGAUGGGAGGGCUCAAUCGGCCAGUACAAGAACCACCUCCGCAAGAAGAUGGUUGCAUCCGGCGCUGUGUAA